UGACUCAGGGGAGUCUGACACUGAAAGAGUUAAAAGUGGGAGGAUGCAGGAUGGCUUGAAGUCAGGACAGAGUGUGCAAAAAGAGGAGAACAUAAUGCAGUGCAGAAGACCCGAACGAGGAUUUUCCUCCAAAGAUGCUGGACAUAUUAGAGCAAGGUCAUAGCUUGAACGUUGUCUGCAUCCUCCUCCUCUGCAGCAUGUCAUAUUUUUAUAUCUAAGUGCCUCGGCAGCUGCAAUAAUAUUGAGCUCAUCUGCGGAGUACAGCAGGACUGAAUUAAAUUUGGGAGGAGUGAGUGUGGAUCUUCUUUGAGUACGCUACUGAGGGGGGACACGCUGGGACUCAGUGUGAUCCUAAACGUGAACUGUGAACUGAAGCAGUAAAAUGAAUUUAAACAGCAGUCAGACUCUGACAAUCAGUGGACAAGAUGUGGUCAAGAACGGGAGCCAGCACUCCUGGGAAGAUGCUAAGACAAUUUUGAAGCCCUCAACACCUUCAAAGAAACCUCCCAAGCCAGAGAACUCUAUCACCAUCGCAGUGUCGUCCAGAGUCCUCUUCAACAUGGAGAAGGAGCAGCAGAUCUUCGAGCAGCAGGGCAUGGAGGAGUACAUCAAGUAUCAGGUGGCGCAUGAAACAGAGCCUUUCAGCCCCGGACCUGCCUUCUCCUUUGUCAAGGCUCUGGAGGCAGUCAACACUCAGCUGAGGGACCUUUACACUGAGAGUGAGGAGCUCUUUGACGUUGUGCUCAUCACUAACAACCACGCUUAUGUCGGUCUAAGACUCAUCAAUACCAUCAACCACCACCAGUUGUUCAUCGAGCGCUUCUGUAUGACUGGAGGAAACAGUCCCAUAGGUUAUUUAAAGGCCUACAACACUAACCUUUACUUGUCUUCUGACCCAGUCAAAGUUCAUGAGGCUCUGGAGGAGGGUAUAGCAGCAGCCACCAUGUUUACCCCGGAGAAGAUGACGGAAGUGUCGGAGACUCAGCUUCGCGUCGCUUUUGAUGGUGACGCUGUGCUCUUCUCAGAUGAAUCGGAGCAGAUUUAUAAGGCUCACGGACUGGACAAAUUUUUUGAGCACGAGAAGGCGCAUGAGAACAAGCCUCUGGACCAUGGACCCCUGAAAGGCUUCCUGGAAGUUUUAGGAAAGCUCCAGAAGAAGUUUUAUGCCAAGGGCCAGCGCAUGGACUGCCCCAUCAGGACCUACCUGGUGACCGCUCGCAGCGCAGCCAGUUCCGGGGCCAGAGCCCUAAAAACUUUGCGGUCGUGGGGUCUAGAGAUUGACGAGGCUCUGUUUCUUGCUGGUGCACCUAAGGGUCCAAUCUUGGAGAAGAUAAGGCCGCAUAUCUUCUUUGAUGACCAGAUGUUUCAUGUGGAGGGGGCAGCAGAAAUGGGAACAGUGGCAUGCCAUGUGCCCUAUGGGAUUGCUCAAAGGGUCCCGGAGGGGAAAGGAAUAAAAGACAAAGAGAUUUCUUCCAUUAAGUAGCAGACUUUUAAGUAACAUUGCACUUUCAGAUAUUUAUCAUUACAUUAACCAAAAAAUAUUUAUAAUAAUAAUUUUACCAGCACUUUAGAGUAUACAAAUGUUUAUCAUUAUAUGUUUUAAAUGUAGGGGCUGCACGGUGGCACAGUUGGUAGCACUGUUACCUUGCAGCAAGAAGGUCCUGGGUUCAACUCCCAGCGGGAGUUUGCAUGUUCUCCCCGUGCAUGCGUAGGU